AUGGGCCCGAUUUUCAUCCUCAUCGCCUCAGUCGCCGUCCUGGUGCCCAUGCUCUACAUGUAUACUGUCGGUAUCGUCCACGCACGCUUCCCCAAGCUGCACAACAAGCGCAUCUGCCUGCUGAUUGCGCACCCGGACGAUGAAGCCAUGUUCUUCGCGCCCACCGUUCUGGCCCUCACGCGCCCCGAAACCGGCAACCACGUCAAGAUUUUGUGUCUCAGCUCCGGCAACGCCGAAGGGCUCGGCGAGACGAGAAAGAAGGAGCUCGUCAAGAGCGGCAUGACCCUUGGCCUUCGCGACGAGGAAGACGUGUUUGUCGUCGAUAACCCCGCCGACUUUCCCGACUCCAUGACUGCGACCUGGGACGAGUCCAAGAUUGCGGGCCUUCUCAUGAGCGCCUUCGCGCCCAACCUGCACAAGCAAAAGGCCGCCGACCAGCAGCCGGCCGCCAACAUUGACGUGCUCAUCACCUUUGACGCCGGCGGCGUCUCCGCCCACCCCAACCACAGCUCGCUCUUCCACGGCGCGCGCCGCUUCAUCGCCGCGCUGCUGCGCGGGCCCGGCGGCGCUGGCUGGGCCGCCCCCGUCGACCUCUACACGCUCCGCUCCGUCCACGUCGCCCGCAAGUUCACCUCGGUCCUGGACGUGCUCCCUACCCUCGCCGCCUGGGCCGCCACGUCGGCGCGCAACCCCGACAAGGCGCACCCGCCCGCCCUCGUCUUCCUCAGCGGCCUGGUGGGCGACGGCGCUCUGCCGACGGCCUGGAGCGCCAUGACGUCGGCGCACAAGAGCCAGAUGGUCUGGUUCCGCUGGCUGUAUAUUACCUUUAGUCGCUACAUGCUCAUCAAUGACCUGCAGUUGGAAAAGGUCAAGGCGUGA